AGCACAGUGAUAAAUUUGAUCAAAGCUUAACACAAUCGAUGAAACCGAAGGGUACUGCAAAUGGGAUAAAUCAAAUAUCAGAUGAUAGGACAGGUUUAAAUGGUACUGUACAAGCACCAGCAAUUACUCAACGAAAUUUUGCCGAUGAUAAGGGGUCAUCUUUGCCAUUUGGUGAGGAUAAUCCAGUGAUAAUCGAUUCUUCAAUACCGAAUGAAAAACGAAGAAGACGACGAAAACGGCGGCAAACGUUAAAGGUAUAUUUUUGGGAAUUUUGA